AUGAGGUCAAUAGGUUCUAAGUUUGGUGCUAUUAAUCAAGUAACAGAAAGUGUUAUUUAUAAGUUUGGUGCUGGAGUCCAGUGUCUCACUUUGUUGUCUAUUGUUGCCGUCAUGGCCAGGCUGCUCGACUUAUCUCUAUUCUCAGAAACAUUUAGUGGGUCAGUCGGAUGUGUUGUGCUCAGCCACUGUGAUCAUGUGACCGCACUGACCUCCAGUCAGCGAACUACUGGGUUGGUCAGUCCAGUGUCUCACUUUGUUGUCUAUUGUUGCCGUUAUGGCCAGGCUGCUCCACUUAUCUCUGCUCUCACAAACAUUUAUUGGGUCAGUCGGACGUGUUAUGCUCAGCUGGUGUGA